CUUAAAAUCACCCGGGCCUCAAGACUCUCAAAUCCAUCUGGCUAAUGUAGCUGACAGUCAAACAUCACAAAUGUCUCACGUGUCAGAAAGAACAGAACUGAACAGUGACACACCAAAAAGUGACUUGGCAACAGGGCGCAAGGCCAGUGCACCUGACCUGUCCUCAGCACAAAAACAUCCAUGGACACUCGACAACUUAAAGGACUUGAUUCAGAAGUAUGAGAAACAACAGGCAGAUGUACAAGAGCAAAAUAAUGAUUCGUGCGCAAGUACAGUUCAAAAGAUCACUAGGCUUUACGAUGUUAAUACAGUUUUGGGUGAGCUCAAGUCAGCUUGUUACACAAAACUGUUUCUUCUUCCUUACAUCUUCUGUAAGAAAGAGUUAACAGCAGGCCAGGUAAUACUAACAGAACUGGAACAAAGUCAGAUGAAUCAAAUCCAAAAUGUUCAAGUUCUCAAAGAUGGUGAUGUCUACAGAGAACCACCGUACACCUCAUCGUGGUUAAACAUUAAUGAGAAUUUAGAUGACAUUGAUAAGGAGUUUGGCUAUCCAUAUUCAUUAAGGUGUCAAUUCGUCCUAAAGGAGAGUGACACCAAGUUGGAUGUAAUGGAUGGGACAAACAGCAGUGAGGAUUUUGACAAAGAGUUUGAGCAGACACAGCCAAGACAUAUCGACCUUGUGGAAGGAAAACAAGACUCUGAUGUGACAACUACAUCGACACCUUCACCCCGUGCUGAUGACACAGAUGCUGUUGAACCAAGUGAUCCGUAUUACUCUUUUGAAAUCAAAGUUUUGCCCCCUAGUGAGGCUAAAGCUAUCGCCGAGUUAGUCUAUAGUAAGGCUCCAAUUACAAAUGAGAGUCUGGGAGAGACGGUAGAGAAAGCAUCUGUAGAGGAAGAGAAAUCAGACACUUCUGUGCAGGAUGAAAUAUGUAACGAUGACAUUGUCAAAGUAACAAAACCAAAACAGAAAACUGUUUCCAAAGCACAAGGGCUUUGCUGCCUUAUAGCAUGGUUAGAAAAAGUAUGUGGGUCAAAAAUGAUAGAGAAAUGCAACUGCAAGAAAGAGCUAAGUCAGACGGUGAAAAAUGAAACAACCGUUGAUAGAGAAGAGAAGACAGACGAUAUAAACUCAAAACCAAGUCUGCAUGACAGUGAACCCUCUUCUUCUGUGACAGACAAUGAGUUAAAUGCUUUAAAUAAUGUCAGUAGUAAUAAUGAGAUACAGCAUUGUACUAGUCCAGCCAACGAAAUCUGUGAUCAGAAAACUCAAGAUGAUGAGAACCCCUUCCCACACUCCUCCGAGGAGCCAAAGACCUGCUCUAAUGGCAAUGAAGAAGAAAACCGGCCAAGCAUCGCAGAUGUGACAAAAACUGCAGAUGACAUCUCAGACUGUCCUAGUGAUUUUAAGCAGAUCCCCAGCCCUUGCAUUAAUGAAGAGUGUGUGCAGGAACAACAAGAAUCAGUAAAAAAAGAUGACUCAGAAAUUUCAGCCACAAGUUCUGAAGAACUGCAAAGCAUUCCCAGCUGUGACCUUGAAAGGCUGGAGAAGGAGGGGGAAGCCAAUCGCCCAAAAGAUAUAUUAGAACCUUCAGAUAUGGGAAGUAUUACUUCUGACCUCAAGGUAACAAUCAGUUUUCAAGGACAAAGCCCUGUGAUAAAGCGAAAGGCAACAAAUAGUGAUGAAAUGUCUCCUUUUUCAAAGAAAUCCACAAUACGCAGAGAUACAAAGUCUGUCAUCCCACAAUUGGAAUGCAAGGACGAUUCAACAAAAAAAGCAUCUGGCUUGGAAAUUAUGCUUAUGCUUUAUGGUUCACAGAAAGAAAAGUCAUUUUGUAAUAAUAGGUUUCUGCCUCCUGAGUCUCUUACUGUCAAUCUCAGUCCCCCCAAGACGACGACCUCUAGUGUUUCUCCUGCUAAAUAUUCAGCCAAAGAAAAGGUUCAGGAUAGAUGGAGAAAAGAUUUUAUACCAACCAAUGUUAAAAAAGCACCAAAUCACAAAGCACCAAUGAAACCUGAAGAAAAGAAGCAAAAGAAGAUGUCAUUUGUCCCUCCAGACAAAUACUUGACCGUAAGGGGCAAAAAGGCAACGAGAUGGUCAAAACCCAUAUUGUUACAAUGGAUCGCAGAAAACGGGGGACACGAAACACAGAAACGGCUUCGACUUCCAAACAAGAAGAGAGGAGGCUACUGACAACAUUCCAGAUCAAGUAUUCACCAUGGAAAAAUGAACAAUGCACUGUGUGCUCGUCGUCCAGAUGUUUCAUCAAACAAGUACAUGAAGACAGCACAGCUAUCAAAUACAUAACUUUAAUAACACUGUUUACCUUCUUUAUACUGUGAUUUUAAGCAAUAUUUUUUUACUUUUCAACAUAUUUGCUUCAACGUUUUGGGCAAAGUUCCACACAUAUGACAUAUUGUCAUUUUAUGAUUUUCCUCUGCAUUGCAGGCAUAUUUGCAUGUUUUUUAUACUACUUUUAUAUUUUUUAUCUUGUAUUUUGUGUAUUAAUGGUUUAAUUUUUAUGGACUGUUUUAUUGUUGAGGGAUCUGUUUGCUCAAAAUCCUCUGAUAUUAAGCUGUUUGUAUCACUUUAAUGAUUUUGUCAAAAAAUCAAAAUGUAUUACUGUGCUAUCAUCCACUAUUUGACUUGUACUGAAACUUUCACGUAGUCAGUGGAAAAACACUGAAACGACCAGCCUGACCUUACAUGUGCUAGCCAGUGAUGGGAAUAUUCAUUAUCUUUUCUUCGGUUCCUGUAAGACCUUGACAAUUGUAUCCAAAUACUCCCUGUUUCUGAGUUUCUGUUGGCCAGAUAAUCUCACAGGUGGCGAUUGUACAAAGGUCAAUUUGCACUCAUAUUAUGGUACGCACACACAAAUCUAUCAAGCACACUAAAAAUGAAACUUGCACUACAUUGCAACAGGCGCUGUCGUACAGACAAGCGUUUGGGUCUGUGUAAGACCUGCGCCCUGGGGCUUAUUCCAAGGUGACUGCUGACAAAUUUGCCAAAACACCAUUUUUACUGCGAGGUGUUACAAUGGUGUAAUGGUAAAAUUAAUGAUAAAGUUUAUAAUGUUGUAUGCUUAUGAUAAAUGUAUGUGACUGCAACAGGAAACUGCUUGUGAAACUGCACGUAUCUGCUGACAGCUGCAAAAUCAAAUGUGCUCUGCUGGUGCUGUUCAGAGAAGAGACUGCACGUCCUGCCUUCUGCGAAUCUAUCAUGGGCGCUCUACUUCAAUGUCUAAAUUUACAUAUAUUCUGUUUCUAUCGAAACCUGCAAAUUUCUAAGUAUGCAUGCCAGAUGUCUAAUUCGCAGAAAACAGGACCUGUAGAAAACAGGACGCAUCAAGGGUAUAAAAACUUAUGCAAAAUGUGUCCAGAGAAGAUCUUCGAGGGACCUGCUCAACGACGACGUCUCAGCUUUCUUUUCUCUGCAGAAUAAAACUUUGUAACCUU